AGUUCCAAGUUCCAACCAGGAUUUAAUUCAUCAGGUAAGGUGAGUGUUGAGCGAUGGCGGACGUCUCUGCGACUCGGAUUUACAGCUGCCACAAUUGCAGAAACCAUGUCGCUAGACAUGAGGACAUUUUCUCUAAGAAUUUUCAGGCAAGCCAUGGCAGAGCUUUUCUCUUUUCUCAUGCCAUGAACAUAGUGGAGGGGCCCAAAGAAAACCGGAAUCUGAUCACUGGUCUCCACGUAGUUGCAGAUAUUUUCUGCAAGAAUUGUGGGAUGGCGUUGGGUUGGAAGUAUGAGAAAGCUUAUGAGGAAUCACAGAAGUACAAAGAAGGAAAAUUCAUUCUGGAAAAAUUCAAGAUUAUGAAGGAAAAUUUUUAGGCCCCCUAUGUCUUUGAAAUGUUGAUUUUUUACAGAGGACUAUUCUUCAAUUUGAUCCAUCUUUGAUUGUUCUUUACAUGGGUGUCAAUUGUCAUUAACUUUUCUGCACAUCAAUUUGUUUGGAUACUGGGAAAAUCGUUAAUCAAGAGAUAGAUGAAUGAAAGUGUCUUUUUCUCC